AUGGGUCUCCUUGCUAUGGAGACAGAGAAGCGGUUGUGCUCGGUACCGGGCCGAGGGCUGACGCUGAGCUGCUUGUUUUUUGCUUUAGUCUGCAGGCCGUGCUUCGGACAAAGUUUUUCCAUCCCUCUCCAGCGGCCCGAGGAGUGCGGAGACCGGCAGUACUAUGACACGGCCAGCCUGUCCUGUGUACGGUGCCCAGAAACAAUGCGGCCCAACCGCGACGGUACUACCUGCAUAUGUAGUCCUGGAUACAAGUUGACUUCUAACAAUGGCCCUUUGGGAAUUUGCCAGAAGUGCCCAGAAGAUAAGGGUGUUACAUUAGAUGGCUGGGGUUGUAUUGACUGUCCCAGUGGACGAACUUUGGAUGGAAACUGCCAGUGUUCCCCAGGGCAGAUUUUGAUGGAAAGAGACGCGAAUGGCACCUUGCUACAGAAAGCAAACUGUGUUAACUGUGAUGGAACAGAGCCAUCUUUGACAGCUCCAGAUGCAUUUGGAAACAGGUGCGAAAGAUGUCAUGAAACGUUUAUCAAUAGGAGUAACUCAUGCAGCUGUAACCAACCAAACAUUUUGGUUGGAGGAAUAUGCAUAAGUGGUACAACACAAUUCCUGUCCAGAGUGCUCCCUACUGUUCGGUUCAGCCAGCUGGGCAUGUUGCUGAGGUCAGAAUGGUUUUCCAUUCAUUUGCAAGCAUCAGCAGCAGCAUGUAUGCUCUACUCCAAUCAGACAGCCUGCCAAGCCCUCGGUAACAUGUGUGUGAUGAACAUGCAUUCCCCAAUUUCUCCUAAUUCUGAUGCGUGUUCACUCUUCCGAUAUAUAUACACAAACACGGUCGGACUGGGAGCUGUCCACUCCAUUGUUUUUUGGAGGCAGAAUCUCCCAUGGCUUUAUUAUGAUGACCAGCCUGGUUUAGCAUCUCGUGUCCUCACAUCCUCUCAGUUCCCGACAAGCUUCGCCUUUAAAUCAAAGGAACGGACACAGAACUCAAGGCUACAGUUCACAGCUGCUCUGUAUGAUGUACGAGGGAACUUCGUGAAGUGGCAGACUUUGGAUGGAGGACUUUUGCAGCUCUGCCCUGACAUUGUGACAAGGCUGGAUGCUGCAUUUAGCUUUGGAACAACAUACGAACAUAAGUGUGAAUUGUUGCUUACCAGGAUCCUGCAGGAUUACCCAGAACCUGUCUUUUACGACGUGUAUCUCAUACAGACAGGCGAUGAUGGCCAGCAAAACAUCUGGCCAGUGCCAGUCCGCAAUCUAAACUUGCAGUACAAUGAUGUUUUUGUGAAUCAAGGAGACAACAUUAACAACUGGUUAUUGACUCGUCGUAUAUUCUUGGUUGACACUCUCAGUGGGAGAGAGAAUGCUCUUACCAGCCUCCCAAGAAUUAUUAGACUUGCUAGCAAAAUAACAAUAAGCGUCAGUCUUGUGCCCAACACUUUUAAAGGAAAAAUCUAUCUGCCCUUGAUGACUGUUGAAUACACGGAUGUGCAGGUGCAGAAUCCCAGCAGCCAAACCGUAAAGGUUUCCUUUUCAGUACAUUAUGAAAUGCAACAGUCGGACUCGCUGGUCCAGGCCAAUAUUGCUGUUGGAGUGCUGGGUGGGCUGGCUGUCUUGUGGUCACUUCUUAAAACCGCAGCGUGGAAAAGAAGGAUAGGUAGCCCGUUUGUUGACUUGCAGACCAGCAUACAUUUCUUGAUAUUUUACGCUGGCGCGCUGGCCAACGUUUUCUUGGCUGUGACGAUUGGUACUGGAUUUUAUUGGCUCAUCUUAUUCAAAGGGCAGCAAUAUGUUUCUGUUCUCUUGCCUUUACCUCAUGAAGAAGACAGCUUUGUUACUUAUGUGGGUUGUGCUUUUGGUCUGAAGGCUCUACAGUUUUUGCACAAACUCCUCUCCCAGCUCACAUUAGACAUCUUCUUUAUUGACUGGGAGAGACCAAAAGGCAAGAUGAUAAAAUCUGAGGGUGGUAUAAAGAGUAGCAUUACACCUGUGAGCAUUUGGAGGACAUAUUUUGUAGCGAAUGAAUGGAAUGAAAUUCAGACCGUGCGCAAGAUCAAUCCGCUCUUUCAAGUCCUUGCUGUUCUCUUCUUUUUGGAGAUUGCAGGUUUUGAAAACCUUGCACUGCGGGAUCCCUCUUCCAGUCUUUCUAGAAACCCAGAAGAUUACAUAGCUCCAUGGAGUCGCAUAUUGAGAUAUGGGGUGACCACCACUCUGUGGCUUGUUAUUGCCUUUUUGCAGGUUGUUUUCUUUUCUGUUUUUUAUGAACGAUUUAUAGAAGACAAAAUCCGACAGUUUGUGGAUCUGUGUUCCAUGAGCAAUAUAUCUGUCUUCAUUUUAUCACAUAGAUGCUACGGAUAUUACAUUCAUGGUCGUUCUGUGCACGGACACGCCGAUACCAGCAUGGAGGAAAUGAAUAUGAAUUUAAAGAGAGAGGCGGAGAACAUGUGCAGUCAACGGGGCUUACAACCCAAUAAUGACGUUCAGACAUUUCAGAUUUCCAUCACAAACAGAAUGAGAACACAGUUUGAUCGCAUUCAUGACAAUUUAACAAAGAAGAAUGGACCUUCUAGGUUUUUGCAAGCAUCUUCGACUUCUGAGCAGUGCACAAAGGCAUACUAUACCAUGAAUAAAUUCCUUAGUUCCUUCAUUGAUCACGCUUUUAAAGAUAUGGAUUACUUUGUGAAAGAUAAAUUACUCUUUGAGCGAAUGCUCGGCAUGGAAUUUAUGGAGCCAAUGGACAAAAGCAUCUUCUAUAAUGAUGAAAGUCAUUCCUUCAGCAACGUGUUGUUUUAUGGUAACGAAUCAACGUUGCUUAUCUUCGAUAUGCUGUUUUUCUGCAUUGUUGAUAUAGGCUCUCAAAAUUUUGUCUUGGCUGCGAUUCUCACGUAUGUGCAAAAUGAGAUGUUCCGGAUCUUACGUGGUGCUGUUGGGCAAAAGAAUUUGGCAUCAAAAACUCUAAUAGAUGAACGAUUCCUGAUUUAGAAGCAAGUGAAGCUACAACACCCAUCGCUGCACCAGUGUUAGGAAUGUUUUAUAAGUGUUCAUUUUGUAUUGAUACAAUAUUUAUAUAGCUGAAUAUUUUUAUACAGUUUUUUUUACUUGUUUUGUUAUUGAGCUCCAGAUGGCAUGGGGAUGUUUUACAUGACAUAGUAGCAAUGUGUAUAUUUGUGUUGUCUUCAUUUUUUUAAAAUAAAGAACAGAAGAUGCCAAUCGAGUUGUAUCUGCCAACUAAAGCGAGUCAAUGGAUUUGUUUCCCCCUUCUUAAUAUAAACUGAUGUGGUUUUAUACCACAGUUGUGUCAUAUUGCUGCCCUUAUU